AUGGAGGAAAAGGAGUGCCCUGUGCUGACCACCUCCACGGGGGCCCCCGUAGGAGACAAUCAGAACUCCCUGACAGCGGGGCCCAAUGGCCCAGUGCUCCUUUCGGACUUCCACUUGCUGGACAAACUGGCCCACUUCAACAGAGAGAGAAUCCCUGAAAGAGUGGUUCACGCCAAGGGUGCUGGGGCGCACGGCGUUUUCAAAGUGACCCACGACAUCACAAAGUACUGCAAAGCAGCAGUGUUUGAGGGUUUGGGAAAAGAGACAGAAGUGUUUGUGAGGUUUUCAACAGUGGGGGGGGAGAAGGGAAGCGCAGACACUCUGCGAGACCCCCGAGGGUUUGCAGUGAAGUUUUAUUCUGCUGCGGGGGUUUGGGACUUAGUGGGAAAUAACACUCCGGUGUUUUUCAUUCGAGAUCCCUUAAAGUUCCCGGACUUCAUUCAUUCUCAAAAAAGAAACCCUCAAACGAAUCUUCCAGACCCUAACAUGUUUUGGGACUUUCUUUCUCUUUCUCCCGAAACCCUCCACCAAACCACCAUUCUUUUUUCCGACAGAGGAACUCCCGACGGCUACAGACACAUGAAUGGCUACUCCUCCCACGCCUUCAAGCUCGUCAACAGUGAAGGAGAUGUGCACUACGCCAAGUUCCACUUCAAGACAAACCAGAAGAUAAAAAACCUUUCGCGACAAAGGGCGCAGCAGCUCGCCGGAGAAGAUCCAGAUUAUGCAACAAGAGAUCUUUUUAAUGCAAUUGAAAAAGGAAACUUUCCUUCCUGGACUCUCUACAUUCAGGUGAUGCCAGUUGCUGCUGCUGCCAAGUACAAGUUCAACGUCUUGGACGUGACGAAAGUGCUGCCGCAAAAGGACUUCCCGCUGCUGCCGGUGGGGCAGCUGACUCUGACGCAAAACCCAAAAAACUUCUUCCAAGAAGUUGAACAAAUUGCUUUUUCUCCCGGAAAUUUAAUUCCAGGAAUAGAGCCUUCCGAGGACAAGAUGCUCCAGGGCAGGCUCUUCGCUUACCCGGACACGCAGCGCCACAGGCUCGGCCCAAACUUCGACCAGAUCCCCGUGAACAGACCCCGGGGCUGCCCCCUCAGGGCCCUCCACAUCCGAGAUGGGCCCAUGUGUGUUAAUGGCAAUUAUGGGGCCCUCCCGAAUUAUGAGCCCAACAGCUUUCCGGGGGCCCCCAAGGAGGCCCCCCAGUUCAAACCCUCGCAAACCCCUCUUUUAGGGUUUACGGGACACUUCCCCAACUCCCACCCCAACGACGACUUCGAGCAAGCUGGAAUUCUCUACCGAGAUGUAAUGACACCCGAAGACCGCGAGGCUCUAGUUGGCAACAUUGUGGACCAUUUGAAAAACGCCGACAGACAUGGUUUGAGCGGCCACUGCUCUCGAGCGCUCGAUUGUGGCGGCUGGGAGACCAUUGGUCCGAGCUGUAGAUACACCACAGAAAAGCAGCAAAACUUCUUUGGGCCGCCAUGGAGGGCCCCGGGGAAGCGGGCCCCCAGGGGCCCCCCUGUGGCUGCAGCAGAGCAGCAGACGCACAGCAGCAGCAGCAGCAGCAGCAGCAGCAGCAGCAGCGGGGAAGCGGGCCCCCAGGGGCCCCCCUGUGGCUGCAGCAGAGCAGCAGACGCACAGCAGCAGCAGCAGCAGCAGCAGCAGCAGCAGCAGCAGCAGCAGCCGCUGCAGCAGCUGCAGCAGCUGGCCGUUGGGGACGAUGCUCCUGAGACCUGGCAGACUCUGGCCGUGCCUUGCAGCAGCUCGGAGGAGCUGGGGCAGCAGCCGCAGCGGCCGCAGCAGCAGCAGCAGCAGCAGCAGCAGCAGCAGCAGCAGCGGGAGCCCGACUGGGCCUCCCUGUGGCAGCAGCUGACUUCCCCGUAUACCCGCAGCAACACGCAAAGACACAGCGUCUCGCUGCGGCUGCUUUGCUGCUGCUACAGCAGCAAAGGAAUUCCUUACAGCCACUGGGGGCCCCUGUCGGGGCUAGCUGAGGUGUACGUACACCUCGUGCUGCAGCGGGGGCCCCACAUUUCCGAGGCCCUUGCUGCUCUUUGCAGAGCAGCAGCGCAGCCCCCCGUUGCUUUUGCUGCAGCAGACGGAUUCAGGUUUGCUGCUGCUGCUGCCAAGUUUGCUGCGGUCCUCUCCAGGGUCUUGGUGCCUCAGCCGCCGCACAAGCCAGCAGCAGCAGCAGCAGCAGCAGCAGCAGCAGCAGAAACGCUGCCAGACGAGGGCGAUCAGGCCCCUCCCACUCCUGCUGCUGCUGCUGCUGCUGCUGCUGUUGCUGCAGACAGCAGUGAAGACACGCAGGGGCAUUUGAGACCUACAGAUGGCAAUCAUGAUUCUGCAAACUCCUCAGAAGCAGCAGCAGCAGCAGCAGCGGCAGCAACAGCAACAGCAGCAGCAGCAGCAACAACAGCAACAGCAGCAGCUGCAGAAGAACCAGCGGCACCAGCAGCUGCAACGAUAGCAGCAGAAGCAGCAGCAUUGCCAUCGCUGGCAACUCCACUGGAAGCAGCAGCAGCGAUAAGGUCAGCAAGAGCAGCAGCAGAUGCAGCAGCAGCAGCAGCAGCAGCAGCAGCAGCAAAUGGAGGCCAGUGGGGCCCAAAAGACGACGAGGCCUUUGCCCAGCUGCGCCGCGCGGUAAUUCAGGUGCUGAGAGCAGCAGCAACACAUUUGCUGCAGCCCAUAUUUAACAACAAGCUCCCAGGUGCAGCAGCAGCAGCAGCUGCUGCUGCACCUUCGGAGGCAGCUGCAGCAGCAAGGUCCGCUGCAGCGUCAGCAGCAGCAGAAGCAGCAGCAGCAGCAGCGCCUGCAGCAGCAGCAAGCGAAAGGGCCCCUGCUGCCAGCAGCGCGGGUGCUGCUUACCUGCAGGAGGCCCUCAGCAACGCCGUUGCUGCUCUUCGGGGAGAAGAGCAGACUUUUAUGGACUUGGAAAAAGAAUUUAAAUUAAAUUUGAAAAAAGAAAUUAAAUUAAAACUAAAAACUGCAACACUGGAAGCAGCAGAAGAACUCGAGCUGCUGCGCGUGCUGCUGCUCUUUGCUGCGCAGCCGCAGCUAGCCAACUUCCUUUGCUGCUGCAGCACACUUUGCUGCCUCAUUUUCAGGUGUAUAGGCAGCUCGCCGGGCCCCACAGAGGCAGUGCCGAGCAGCAGCAAAGCCCUGCAGCAGCCAGAAGCAGCAGCAGAGCAGCAGCACCCCGCAGCAGCAGCAGCAGCAGCAGCAGCAGCAGGAAGUGCGUUGAGCCCCACAUACGUUUGGUGGACGCGGCAGGAGCUCGUGCUGCAGCUGCUGCUGCUGCUGCUGCAGCACUGCCCCUCGGGGCCCCGCGGGGGCCCCGAGGGGCGCCGUUUGCUGCUGCAGGGGCUCUCUCUUUGGCUGCAGCAGCUGCUGCUGCCAGCACCUUCGCUGCGGCAAAGAGCAGCAAGAAAUGAUUUAAUUUCGGUGCUGCUGCUGGCAGCAAACCGGCCUUUGCUGCUGCCCUUCUUUCCCCCCAGCGGAGUCCUUUGCCAGCUGCUGCGCUUUGCCACUUUUGGCGCUGCACUUGCUGCUUCAAAACCUGCUGCUGCUGCUGCUGCUGCUGCUGCUGCUGGUGCUCCUGCUGUUGCGGACUGCCAGGGCGAGGCGCCGGGAUGCAACAGCAGCAGCAGCAGCUGCAACAGCGCCAGCAGCACCAGCAACGACAGCAGCAGCAGCAGCAGCAGCAGCAGCGGCAAUGCGAAGGAGCUAGCGACUGCAGCGGACCUGGAGCUGCUGCAGCUGCUGCUGCUGUGUCUCUGCCGCUGCAUGCGCUGCUGCUGCUGCUGCGCUCGCUGUCUUCAUUUUCCUCUUGUAGAGACACUCCAGGCCCUCGCCGACUGUACAGACACCAGAAGACAAGAGCUGUUUGCUGCUGCUCCCUGGAGGUUUUCAGCAAACCAGCUGAAGGUGUUGUCUUCUACAGCACUUUGCUGCCUAGGAGAAGUGGCAGUGCUGUGUCCUGCUGCUGCUGUUGCUGCUGGGGGUCCUGCUGCGCUGCUGCGGGUUGCUGCAGCAGCUGCUGCUGAAGGAGACACAGACGCUUGUGCUGCGGCCCUGCAGCAGGGGCUAGCUCUCCUCUACCCCACAGCAGCAGCAGCAGCAGCAGCAGCAGCAGCAGCAGCAGCAGACAGAAGCAGCAACUGGGCACAGGCUCGUGAGGCGUUCAUCGAGGCAGGGGCUCUGCAGCAGCUGCUGACUCUGCUGCAGAAACUUAUGGAGCAGCAGCAGCAAAAGCAGCAGCAGCAACAACAGAAACAGCAGCAGCAGCAGCAGCAGCAGCAAAAGCAGCAGCAGCUGCAGCAGCAAAAACAGAAAAGAACAGCUGAACGCUCUGAUGAAUCCCUUGCGGCUGCAAGACGCGGCAGCAACAGCAGCAGCAGCAGCAGCAGCAGCAGCAGCAGCAGCAGCAGCAGCAGCAACAACAACAACAGCAGCAGCCCUUGUGCUGAAUCGCAUUCAUCUUCAGGUGUCUGUACACCUGAAAUGAUUUGCUGCUGCAACGCCUGGCUGCUGCUGUCUCGUUUGUGUGAAGGAGACACAAAAGCUGCUGCUGCUGUUGCUGCUGCUGACGGCUUGCUGCUGCUGGCGAGCUGGCUGCAGCAGCAGCUGCCCCCGGGGCCUUCCUGCGCAGCCGCAGCAGCAGCAGCAGCAGCAACAGCAGCAGCAGCAGCUGCUGCUAAUGCUGCUGCCGCGCUCUUCAGCUGCGCUGCAGCAGCAGCAGUGCGAGCUCUUGCUGCUUCCAGCGAGGAAGCAGCAGCAGCUUUUGCUGCUGCUGGCGGAAUGGCAGCACUUGCUGCAGCAAUUGCACACACUCCUCGCAGGCAUCUGCAGCCGUUGCUGGCCGCACUUGCUGACGCGCUGGACUCUCCUGCUGCUGCUGCUGCUUGUCGGUCUUGGCGAGGCUGGCUCGGCAGCGGUCCGCAGCAGCAGCAGCAGCAGCAGCAGCAGCAACAGACGCUGCAGCAGCUGCUGCUGCAGCUGUGGCUAGCCGAGCAGCAGCGCUUCGGGUGUAUAUCCACCUCAGGAGAAAUCAAAGACCUAAACCGCCCGCUGCUGCUGCAGUGUCUCUCCAGUUUGGGCCCUCAGCAGCAAACCCUAGACAUCCGCAGAGUCUGCAGGCCCCCAGCAGAAGACAGCGAGGACUGCAGCAAAGGAGCAGCAAAGCCCUGGGAGGUGCAGCUCCCCGAAAGGCUAAUGGCCAUGAGGGCUGCUGCUUGCACUCAGUCAGAUGACCUUCGCUUUGAGUUAUUUGUUUGCCUUCGCAAGCUGGAAGCAGCAGCAGCAGCAGCAAACCAAGGGACAGAGGCAGCAGCAGCAGCAGAAGACAGCGAAGAGCUGACAGCAGCAGCAGCGCAGCAGCAAAUAUUCAUCAGAGCAGGAGAGAUACUCUGGCGCCUCGACGCCCUCACCGAGACCAAAGACGCCCUAGCAGGUAUUUAG